AUAAGGUUGAUUACAUACUUUCUUUUACGGCUCCUAUAUAUGACAUGCUUCGAGCAUGUGACACCGAUAAGCCGUGUCUUCACUUGGUCUACGACUUGUGGGAUACAAUGAUAGAAAAAGUGAAGGCUGCAAUAUACAAGCAUGAAAGAAUCCAAGCUCAAGAUUCAUCUCCUUUCUAUGAAGUGGUCCAUACCAUCUUGGUAAGUCGAUGGAACAAAAACAACACCCCUCUCCACUGUUUGGCCCAUUCCCUAAAUCCAAGAUAUUAUAGUGAUCAGUGGCUUUCAGAAGACACCUCUCGAGUCCCUCCACAUAGGGAUAAUGAAGUUGCAAAGGAGAGGCAGAAAUGUUUGAAGAAGUACUUUCCAGAUAUUGCUCAAAGAAUGAUUGUGAUAAGGGAGUUUGCUAACUUUUCUAGCAUGGCAGAUGAUUUUGCUGAUUCUGACUCAAUUGAGCAACGCUACGAGUUGGACCCUAAGAGUUGGUGGGUGACAUAUGGUCCAAGUGCUCCGAUACUUCAAAGUUUAGCUUUGAAACUCCUUGUCCAACCUUCAUCUUCUUCAUGUGCCGAAAGGAAUUGGAGCACAUACUCUUUCAUUCACUCGUUAAGAAGGAACAAAUUGGCUCCCCAACGUGCUGAAGAUUUGGUUUACAUUCAUAGCAAUCUUCGUUUGCUAUCUAGAAGAACUCUUGAAUACUCUAAAGGAGAGACAAAGUUGUGGGAUAUUGGAGGAGACAACUUUGGUACACUUCAGGAUGUUGGAGAUCUAGAGAUUGCGGAGUUAUCACUUGAUGAGCCGGAGUUAGAGAGUGUUGUGUUCACUUAAGAGGGCAGUGGUGAUAUACCAGAUGGGGAAGAGGAUGAGGAUGAGGAAGCUUUCAUGACUUAGUAGCUUGUUAGUUGUUAGUGUGUAUUGAAUUGGAACUGACUUUAUUUAGUAAUAUUUGUGUGUUUUAUUUGGAUUUGUGAACUAACUUCUAAGUUUUAACUUAGAAUUAAGUAGUUAUUUGCUCUAUUUGGUUA